AUGCAUUUCUUGACCGCCUCCCUCGUUUUCACCAUCACUCCCCUCCUCUUAGAUACAGUCCAAAGCAUUCCAUGGAGCCAUUCUGCUACCCUCCCAGGUCAGACACUCACUCUCAUAAGUGAUACCUCGAUACAGCUCACGAUAAACCCUACACCCAUUGGUGGACAAUUGCUUCCAGACUCCGUCAUUCUCGCCCUCAACAUGGUCUCUAGCCAGCUCACGGCAGCCCUGAGCGAGAACGCUUCCGCCGUCUAUGUCCCUGGCACUCCCAACCUUGAGGGUGCCUUCGCCCCUGAGCCCGCCGGACCGACUUCCGUUCCUCAUCCUUCGGAGCCUUCGGCUAUCCCCCCCAGCGGCAACCCAACGUCUCUUCAGGGUGUACAGUAUAGUGUCUGGCAGACUCAAGACCAGUACAAUACCUUGCAAAAAUUUACCAUACAGGGUUUGCAAGAUAUUUGCCAGACACUUCAGGGGGGAUGGGCUAAUGGAGGAGGAGCAUCUCUCCAUGAGAGUGUUAUUUCUGUCACAGCACAAGGUGUAGUCAUUGGGCAUGGAUGUUUCAGUGCCCGCGAAAAUGGAUGCACCGCUUAA